ACUUUAGACUCCAGUCAUUAAUCUCCUAUAAAUAUGGUAACCUCGUAGGUGCACGCACGCUAGCUCAAAUCGACCGAGCCUGCCGGAUCUCGAUCUCUCCGGUUAAAACAUCUCAAAAUUCCCGGCCGAGAUCUCGAUCUUCCUUUAUUUAACUUCAUCAAAAUAAUGUCUCCGGUUUCCGCCCUCGCCAAGUAUAAGCUAGUUUUCUUAGGUGAUCAAUCAGUGGGCAAAACCAGUAUUAUCACUCGCUUCAUGUACGAUAAAUUCGACAACACCUAUCAGGCUACCAUUGGUAUAGAUUUUUUAUCAAAGACAAUGUAUCUUGAGGACCGAACAGUUCGAUUGCAGCUUUGGGAUACCGCAGGACAAGAAAGGUUCAGGAGUCUCAUUCCUAGUUAUAUCAGGGAUUCUUCUGUGGCUGUGAUUGUAUACGACAUUGCAAAAUUGCCGUCUAAUUUCAUGGUUGCAUUUGGUUUAGGCAGACAGUCAUUCCUAAACACCUCCAAGUGGAUUGAGGAGGUUCGCACUGAGCGGGGCAGUGAUGUUAUCAUUGUUCUUGUUGGGAACAAAACAGAUCUUGUCGACAAAAGGCAAGUUUCAAUUGAGGAAGGAGAAGCUAAAGCUCGUGAACUAAAUGUUAUGUUUAUUGAAACUAGUGCCAAGGCUGGCUUCAAUAUAAAGGCACUCUUCCGGAAAAUUGCUGCAGCGUUACCAGGGAUGGAAACACUUUCUUCGACAAAGCAAGAAGACAUGGUUGAUGUUAAUCUGAAGCCUUCCAACACAAAUGCAUCGCAGUCACAACCUCAGUCUGGAGGAUGUUCUUGUUGAUUAUAUACAUGGUCAACUGAAGCAUUUUCUUCUUUGCUACGAUUUCCCAAUAUGCUUCUGUGAUCUCCUUAAAAUUGGAAAAGGAUAGGCUAGUCCUAACCUAUGUGAGAUGUAUAUGUUUGUUGUGGACUCGAGAUUAAUUUUCUCUUAGAAAUGUAUAAUAAAUUAAUUUCCCAUCUUAA